GAUCACUACUUCCGUCGCGCACAUUCUGCGAAAGCAAUUCGCUACUUGAAGUUGUCGGAGCGCUUCACCUCAUGAGUUGCAUGAUAUUUCAAAGAGUUAAAUGAGUGCUUCUGCUUCAUCAGCCUCAGCCAUGGAGGACGAAUGGGAGGAAGAGGAGCAGCUGGUCGUGGCGGAACUGUCUGGGAUGAUCAGCUCUGAUUUAAUCUCCAGUCGGCAGGGCGCGUGUAAGAUCGUGGACAUUGACAGCGAGCAGCCCAUGAUGCAGGUGGGUCGCUAUCUGUUCGCCGGGGAAUACGAGGAUGCCAUCGGGACCUGUGUGAUUUUUGAAGAGGACUGCGCAGGUUCUACUUCAGCUCUUAAAUACAAAUGUCACACAAUGAAGAAGCUAAUGCUUCAGCGGACCUUCCUGUCGGAGAGGAAGGAGGACGAGCCCGUCUCCAACCGAAUAGAGGUGCUGGCUCUUCAGGAGGAAGAAUCGUUCGGCAGGAAGAGCGUGGUUUGUCACUACCUGGAUCCCAUAGACACAGAGAAAUCUGUGCUAGACGACUCUAAAGAUUGCGAGGAUCCAGAAAUGAGCGACGAAUCCGCGGAUGAAAUGGAUGAGACUCAGACUUUGGAGAACUCCGCUGAGGAGACGAUGAACGCCAGCAGCUGCUCUCAACUGACCAAUAUACAGGAAGGGGACGAUGGCUCUUAAAAGACCGUUUGAUUUCUGAUAAUGUAUAUACUACAUCGUGUAACGUUUUAGUUUUCUGGUAAAUAAAAGUUAGUUUUGUA